AUGGCUCCAUGGUCUCGCUUCCCCAAUGACACUCUCGGCACCGUUCUCUUCUCUCGUGCUGCUGAAGGUCGCUUCCAAAUUACACUCAACAAGGGAGAUCGUGUUCGAUGCCAUGCUAAAAAAGAUGGUUGGUAUUUGGUAGAAUUGGAACGAACAACAACAACAACAACCAUUGCUGAUACAUCAUCGCUCACCUCGGUGAUGAAUGAAAAUCAUUCAUCGUCUUCUGGUAAAAUUUCUCCUCCCACUACGAAUGGUAAUAAUACUAGUAGUAGUAGUAACUCGUCAACCACAACAACAACAACAACCAAUAGUGUCAACUCAUCAUCCAAUGGAGUCAACUCUCCGAGAAGCAUUGUGAGAAUUCGAGCCUCAAAAUUUGGAGGAAGUAGUGGAAAUUUGAAUAACAACACAGACUCGUCAUCAUCAACAACCACAUCACCAAGAGUAUCACCAAGAACAACAACCAUCACAUCAUCUAAUAAUAGUACUACUAGUUCCACAACAACAAUAACAAGUCAUGGCACUAGCUCUGCAACCUCCAAUGUUUCUGCUUCGUUUAUUAAGAAUAAUUCCAACAACGUUUCACAAAAUGGAACCAAUUCAGUAGUAGCAGCAGUCAAUCGUCAACAACAUCAUGAACCUCAUGUUGGAAUUUAUCCUGGUUCUUUUAUUAAAUUAGAUUCCGACACUUCAACAUCAACAUCAAAUGUGAAAAGUAGAAAAUUACCAACUUUUCAACAAGCAGUUGAAUUUUCGGAGAGCCCUCUCGCUCGUGAGAUUUUGCAAGUCAUUAGAGAAUGGUCAAGUGAAUUGAUUAAACUCCGUAAUGAAAAUAUGAUGGAAGAAUAUCAUGCGGUCAAACGUCAAAUGGCUAUCCUUGUUGGGUUGAGAAAGAAAAUCACAGAUUAUAACUUCCAAAAAGAUGCUGAUGAACAACAGAAAGAAGAAAUUAAUCAGCGAGUCAUCAAAGUGAUCGAAGAGGGUUCCAGAAAGUUAAACUUGGACUUGAUUGUUCGUGUGAAUGAUGGUCCUCAAAAAGGUCAACGUGCCAAUGAAUCGAACACUGCCGUCAUUGAUCUUUUCAAUCAAUACUCUGAAGUACAAGAAAAAGAGGAUCAAUCCAAGAGAAAUCGUAAAGUUCGAGAGGAAAUGAAACAACUUCGAUCUCAACACGAUUCAUCCAAUCCAUCCAACAAGAAUCUCAUUCAACAAGAAGAGCAGUUUAAAAAGAAGGAAAAUGAAUUGAUUUUAAAGAUUGAUGAAAACUUCCCAGUGACCGAUGCUCUUCAACGUGUGAGAAUGAGACAUGAAUUACCAAGAGGAAAUGUUCAAUUACUCGUUAAUGUUGAAGCUUGCAUGUUCACAUUCGGAGAAGAAGCUGAAUUGUACUUUUCUGUUUACAAUUAUACUGAAAAGAGAUACAUUACUGAAGAUUUUGCAUUUACUGUGACAUCUUUGGGAAUGCCUCGUGACACUCGCUUAAUCACAAAUUGCAAAGCACUUUUCACAGACAUUCCCGAGUCACAGUACCUUCAAGAACUAUAUCUUGUUGUGAAAAUUUAUCGUAAAGGUAAAAUGCUUUUCGACAUGAAAGCAAAUACUAAGAAGCAAUUACCAACAGCAACCAUGCAAAAUUUCCUCCAACAAGGACAAGGUGUAAAUCCCAAUAUUGACGAUAUUGAAGAAGAGCCAAGUUAUAGACGUCCGUUUUGUGGAACUCUCAUGCCAAUUACUCCAGAAGUCAUUUCAGAACACAUGAUGAACGAAAAAGAUUUCCAACCUGGUACUUUAAUUUUAUACACAACACCGAAGGAAGAAUUAUUUGCCAAGUUGCCUGACAUUAUUAUUGAUGGAGGUGGUCCUUUGGAAAGAAUUCCACAAGAUAAGGCUAUUGGUGUUGGUAUUUCAUUGAAAUUAUUUAACAAACCCAUUUCCAAGGUGUUGGAAGAAAAUAAGGAAACACUCUCUCCCACGACACAAGUAGCUCUCACUAAAUGCAUCGAUUUAACCAUUCCUUUCCAUCCUAAAGAAGAGAGAAAUGAUUUAUACAUCACCAUGAUGAGAGGAAAAUUCACAGAAACUCGUAAUAUCAAGUUAUUAGCAAAGAUUUAUUCGAACUCUGUCAAACAAAGUUUGCCCUGUAUUGACAGAUAUAGUUGUCUCUAUAAGACACCAUUCACACAUUAUCAUAGCUCCAUUUUGUAUCACGUUCCAAAUCCUACAUGGAAUGAUACCAUGAAAAUUAGUUUGACACCCGAUCAAAUUCUCAAUUCUGUUCUAGUGAUUAUUCUUUCCAAUUGCACUGCAAAGAAGAAACAAUUGACUGAAAAAUUUGGUGUUGCGUUCAUGAGUAUUAAGGAUGAUAUUGGUAUUGUCACAAAGGGUGAAAACGACACUGGUGUUGUCCAUCUUCCAGUUUACAAGUACGUGAAAGAUAUGGAAAAGACUAUCAUGGAUUAUGUUAGUUCUCCAUCUAAAUUGAUUUCAACAAAAGACGUCAUUGCAGUGAGAGUCAAGUUAUCUUCAACCAUCAUGUCACAAGACCCAACUCUGGACACAUUCAUUCGAUGGGAAACUAAACAAUAUCCUGCACGAUUAAUUCUUGACAACUUUGACAAAUUGCCAUUAUCAACUGUUGCUCCAUAUUGCAAAGUUGUUUGUAACACAUUAUUUGACAUUUUAUCAAGAAAGAAAGAUGAAGAGACUUCUAGAGCUGUAUUUAACACAGUACUUUCUCUUGCAAACAAGUUGAGAUUACCAGAAAAUGAAAAGUAUUUGGACAUGUUCAAAGACUACAUUACCGAUUGCUUUGAACAUUCAGAUCCAACCAUUCACAAAUGCUUUUUGGAAUGUUUGAGUACUAAUUUAGAUAGUUUACAAGACAUGAAAGAGUCGGAACAAGAGUCAGGAGAACAGUCCAGUAUUACGCUCCUUAAAGAAACUCUUAUUGGAUUCCCACUGGUUUUACUCUUCCUCACUAAAAAUAGAAGAAAUUAUGAGAAUGAAAAAUUGAAGGGUGGUAUGACCAAUGAUGAAUAUUUCAAAUCUGUGAAAGAGGUAUUUGAAAAGAUCAGUAAGGUUAUUUCUGUUACAAGUUCUCAAAAACUUUUUGAUGCUCAAGAUACUGUUCUCAAAAUGCUUUCUCCAUUCUUCUUCCAUGUCACUGAAGAGUUUCCUUCAUGCAAAAGGAAAGACAUUGCAGCACUCAUUAAGGACUUUAUUGAAGCAAUUCCAAAUACUGGACGUUUGGCAACUGUUGAAGGUAAAUUAGGACUUGUCAGACAAUGUUGUUCUUCAGAAUUAAUGAAAUCUCGUGAAACAAGAGCAACAAUUCUUCCAAUGAUUCUCAAUCAAGUAGAAAAACAAAGAGUCGUUUCCAAUUCUUUGAGUCGACGUGUUUGUUCAGGAAUUUUAGCAGAUGCAUUAGCAACCAUUCAACGAGCGCUCAUUCAAAGAGUGGAAGGUUACAGCGAUGUGAAAAAAGAUAUCUAUUUAUUCCUUUCAAAAUUGCCAUACAUUCGAGUCAUAUUUAAUGAACUCACAAGAGAAAGUCAAGAGGCAGAACAACGAAUUUCAAGAUUUGGCAAACGUGACGAUUUGGAAUCUUUCCAAGAACAACGAGAAUAUGAAAGAAUUCAACAAACUCGUGCUCAACUCUUCUCCGUUGUUCUCUGUAUUUUAUAUCUCACUGACUUUGACAUGAUUAAUGACUACUUCCAACGAGAUUUCACAGAAGAGGAAAAACUUCUCAUUCAACAAUACAAGGAUGAAGAAAUUCAAGAAUUAACACAAGACAAAACUCAAGGAGGUCUCAUGAAAAAACGUGUGCUUCCAACCAAGGAUGAUCCAUCGGCCAAAGUUCGAACCAAACGUGUACUUGACAUUUUCGAAUUAAUUGAAUCCAUGAUUGAUGAUCCACCCAUUCCAGAAUAUUGGAUUGCAUUCAACGUCUUUUCAUUCCAUACUUCCAUGAAAACGAUUCAAAUCUUUUCUGAAUACUUACAGAAACAUCAUGUGAAAAGUUUCGACUCCAAGUUAUGGAAUCGACUCUUUGAUUUGUAUUAUCGAUUUGCAUUGUGUCCUCGAUUGCAAAUUGAAAAAUUCUCCCUCUCCAAACAAACCAAAUUUAAUUUACAUGGUGAUUUGAGAGUGGAUUGUGUCAUGUUAUUCAGAAAGAUUUUUGAAAGUUUAUCUCAAGACCAUCAAUAUUACUUUGUACCAGAUUUAAUUGAUCGAGUAUUGAGACUUGCAGCAUCCAUUCCAAAACAAGAAAUCUACAUUCAAACUCUCAAUAUUUAUUACAACAUUUUGAAACUAGAAUUCCAAUCAGAAAAGAGUUUGAAACACACUCAAGGUCUCACUGCUGUCGUUUUUGACGAAUUUAUUGUCAAUGACAAACUCGUUGAUGAUAAAUUCAAAGAAUUCUUUGUUGAAGUUCUUGACGAACGUUUCGAUAAGGAUGAAUUACUCAAAACAGAAGGUAAACAAUUCAUGAAUCAAACGAAACGAUUUAUGGAACUUGUCGCUUCUGUGAAAAGAUUCACAGACGAUCAAGAAGAUCAAAAAACAAGUGCUCUCCUUCGUGUCAUGCAAUACGUUGCCACCACUCAACAAGAAGAAAUUUAUUUCAAAUACAUUCACAUGCUCGCCAAAAUUCAUGAAAAUAAUUCAAAUUUUGUCGAAGCAGGAAUGGCCCUAUUGAAACACGCUGAAAAAUUAUCCUUCCUACUCAAUGCCAAUACCUUACAAAACAAAGUAUUACCUGCUCUGUCUGCAGAAUAUCCUGAAGAAUUUGAAUUUCGACGAAAGGAAAAACUCUAUUUACAAGCCAUGAAAUAUUUCGAUUUAGGUAAGGAUUGGGAACGUGCCAUCAAACUCUCUCGUGAACUUGCUCCCAUCUACGAGUCGAAAACGUUUGAGUACAAGAAAUUGUCCGAUCUCAUGCGUUCACAGGGAGAGUGGUUCCAAAAAAUUUUCGAACAAAAACGAUUCUUUGCUUCGUAUUUCUUUGUAGGAUAUUAUGGAAAAGGUUUUGAACCUUAUGGAUUGCAAAAUAAGGAAUAUAUUUAUAGAGGAAAUGAAGCAGAGAGAUUGGUGGAUUUCACAGAUCGAAUUACAAAACGUUUUCCAAAUGCGGAAUUGAUUAAACCUCUGGAAGAUGCACCUGAAGAGAAGAAACAAGCAGAAGGACAAUAUAUUCGAAUUAUUACUGUAUAUCCUUCUUCAUAUAAGGAUGUUGAAACGAAAUGCACAAGUGUGGCACGUGAAAUGAAUGUUUCAAAGAAUAUUACUUCGUAUGAAUCCUUUAAUGACAUUCGAAUUUUCAAAUUAGGAAAAACCUAUCGAGGACAUCCUGAUGACAAGAAGAUGAAUGAGAUUCGAGAUUUGUAUACAGAAUUUACAUUCUUUAUUAUUGAUAGCAAUAAGGAAUCGGUAAAUGAUCAAUUGAGAAGAAGUUUCAUCAAACCCAUUUCACAACUCAAUGAUGACAUUCAUCACGAUAAGGAUUUGAAUGUGGAAAUUGUCAUGACUGGUGACUCAUUCCCAACAGUUGUGAGAAGAAAACCAAUCAUUUCUCGUAAACAAGUCAUUUUGAAUCCAAUUGAAAAUGCUAUCAAAAAUAUUGAAGAUAAGAAUGUCGAUUUGAAUGAACUUGUGUUGAAUCAUAUGGUGGACACUAAGCCAGAUACCAAGCAAUUAUCCAUGUCUUUGAAUGGUACCAUCGAUGCUGCUGUUCAUGGUGGUAUUAACAAGUAUAUUAGUGCUUUCUUUGUUGAGGAUUGGAUUAAAGAAAAUCCAGAUCAACUGCCAAAUGUCAAGAGGUUGCAAAAGGCACUAGGAGAUCAGCUGCAAGUUUUGGAGAGGGGUUUGGAAAUGUACAGAAAGUUUGGAAGUGCUCAAACCAAGGCACACGUUGAUCACUUGUCUGUCAUGCAUAACAACAUGAAGGAACAAUUAGCAGAGAUUCUCAGUUUUGACUUUAAAUCUUAUUUGGGAGCAGAAAAACGAAAGAGUGUGGUUCGUUAG